AUGACCCAUUUGCAUAAGGCCAGAACAGCAUCCAUUCUCAAAUGGGUUUCUUCAAAUUUUGAUGAAACCCACUCCAGACUGUUAGGAAUCAAAGCAAAGCCAAUUGGGUCUUUCCCAAAUGCCCAAACCCCUAGACUUUACAGAACUAAAAGGACCCCUGUAACUGAGAAUGGCAGAAAUGCUGGUAGAAUUUCUCGUGCUGUUCAACAAGAGGCGCAAGCUGCAUUGUUGGACUAUUUGUAUUGGAAUAGAGGCUUGCACUUUGCGGAUGCAGAGAAUAUGAGCAAAAACUCGCCGCAUUUUCUCAACAAGCUUUUGAAAUGUGUUGGUAAUGUGAAGGAAGUCCGGCAGUCGGUUUCCCGGUAUUUGCUUUACAACCCUCUUAAUGAAUUUGAGCCUUUCUUUGAGAGCUUGGGGUUGGAACCUUCUGAGUAUGUUCACUUUCUUCCUUCUAAUUCGAUGUUCCUUGAUCAUGAGAAGUUGUUGCUUCACAAUUAUGCUGUGUUGUGUCAAUAUGGGGUUGCGUGUAAUAGGAUAGGGAAAAUAUACAAGGAAGCUACAAGAGUUUUUCAAUAUGAUUUUAAGGUUUUGCAAUCCAAACUUCGAGCUUAUGAAGAACUCGGUCUUGGUCGAUAUGCUUUAGUUAAGUUCAUUGUUGCUAGUCCUUAUUUGUUAGUUGGGGAUGUAGAUGAGGCAUUUGUUGAGGUAUUGGAGAUACUGAGGAGUCUUGGAUUUGAAACCAGUUGGGUUCGGGGGAACAUUUUGGAAUCGAAAUCCUAUAAUUGGGGACAGAUGCUUGGAGUUCUGAGUCUUCUUAGGGAGAUUGGUUGCAAUAACAAGCAGUUGGGUGUAUUACUUGGCCAGCAUCCAGAUAUUCUGUUUGAGGCUUCAGGGGGAGGGACAUUUUUACUAAUUGGAAUCUUUCUGAAAUUUGGUUGCACAAUGAGCCAGAUAUGUUCAAUGUUUCUGCAGUUUCCGCAAAUUGAAGUUACGAAAUUUAUUUCAAAUAUGAGGAGAUGUUUUUCAUUCCUGAAUGAAAUCAAAAUGGGGUUUACAGAAAUAGGGAAGAUUGUGCAGUCUCAUCCCCUGCUACUGGGUUCCAUUGCGUUGAAAAGUACAAACACCUUGCUUCUUAACUUGAAGAUCGGGAAGAAGGAGCUGUCUAGAUACAUCCAGGAGAACCCGCAAGAAAUGAAGAAUUGGGUAUUUGGUAGAACACUUGGCCCAUUAGAGCUGUAG